AUGUCACGUCGACGAAGUAGUCUAGCAGAUGCAAUACAAGAAGUCAGUCGUGCUAAAAAUUCAAUAUUUCGGAAAUUUGUCAAUUCGGUGCUAAAAUCGCUCAACAUUUGGCGAAAAUCCGAUUUGUCUUUGAAAAAUAGAUUAUUUAAUCUGAGCGACUCAAUUCUGGGAACUUCUCUUCAUGAUGAUCUUCUUCAGGCACUUCCUUCAAAUGAGAACGAAAUUUAUGAGGCGGGAGCUCCAAUUUACAUUCAGCCGCCAGAAAUGAUGGGAAACAGUUUAGCGGCUAUAUCGGCUAGAAAUCAAUUGGCUUGGGAAACACGAUCGGAACGUUCUCGCCUGUCAUCGUCUUCGGAUUCUUGUGGACCUGUUGUCAGUUUUGGACAUGCUCUUCGAGCAGCCAUGGAUUGUGGAGGAAAUGACGGGUUCAAUGAUUCGGCAUGCACAUCAAUGCCUGAAAACUCGGAUGAACUCGAUACAUCUUCAAGCUCACGGAAAUCGUCGAAAUGCUCUUCGGUAGCUGCAGAAACCACAGAAAAAUUAUGCAGAAUUCCGCGUGAGAAAGGUCUUGACGUGCAGGAUUUUCGAUGUGCUAUGUGUAAAAAAUCAGUGGGAGGAACGACGUUUUCAAAGUUUGAAACGUGUGGCAUGGAUGGAAUGUAUUAUUGUACAGAGUGUAUGCGAAAUGGCGGAAAGUCCGCAAUUCCUGCCCGUGUUCUCAUGGAUUGGGAUUGGCGAGAACGGUUGAUUUCCGAUAGGGGACGUAGCUGGAUUGAAGCGAAUAGAGAAAAGCCAUUUAUAAAUGUUUUGGAAAAAAAUCCGAAACUUUAUUCACAUGUUUCGGAAAUGGAAGCGACUCGAAAUCUUAGAGAAAAACUACAAUUCGUUUCAAUGUAUUUAUUUAAUUGUCGAGAAUCAGUUGCUGAAGAUUUUCGCCGACGAGUUUGGCCUAAAGAAUACCUACACAAUGAUAUUCACAAAUACUCAUUCUCGGAUUUGUGCGAUGUGAAAAGUGGUAGUUUGCAAAAGAAGCUUAAGAUCCUUCUCAAUCAUGCUGUGAGUCACGUGAUGAAUUGCACGUUGUGUAGGCAAAAGGGGUUCAUCUGCGAACUGUGCUCCGUAAACGACAUCAUCUAUCCUUUCCAGACAGAAGAAACACAUAGAUGCACAGUUUGUUCGGCAGUCUUCCACAAGCAAUGCUGGUCAGCAUCUUCCGAAUGCCCGAAAUGUGUUCGUCGGCAUCAAUUCGAACUUCGUCGUGCCCAAUGCGACGAACCAUGCGAAAUUCUCGCUUUUCAACCGUGA